ACAUUUAAGCACCGCCCCCUAUCGCCAUCUUGUUCUGCCUAGCGUCGCGGUUAAUACAUCCGAUUGACUCCCGCACAACAACCAAACAACUCGCUGCUGUAUUAAACGGUGACAAUAUUAGUAAGAUGAGUGAUAUUGAGGAUGGAAACUAUGAGGAGAGGCAGGAGUCACGCUCCCCAUCCAAGUCGGACCCCCGGAGUCCUGCUCGGGUCAAGUCGGAGAGCCGGUCUCACUCCCCGAGUCCUUCCCGAGCCUCCAAGCGCUCCGAAUCUCGGUCCCGUUCCCGCUCAAAGUCCAGGUCUCACUCUCGCCACCGGCGCCACAGCCGCUCACGCUCGCCCUCCCACCGGGCCAAGAGGUCCCGCUCCUACAGCGCGGAGUACCGCCGCAGGAAGAGCCAGAGCCACUCCCCCACGUCCGGCCGGCGACACCACACCGGCAGCCGAAGCCAUGACGCACGAAAAGAAUCCAGCAAUCAUGGCGAUGGUGUUAGGGCGAACCCUGACCCGAACACGUGUCUCGGGGUGUUUGGCCUGAGCCUGUACACCACGGAGCGUGACCUCCGGGAGGUGUUCUCCCGCUACGGCCCCCUGGCGGGGGUCAACGUGGUGUACGACCAGCGGACCGGACGCUCCCGCGGCUUUGCCUUCGUUUACUAUGAGAGAAUCGACGAUUCCAAGGAGGCGAUCGAGCGAGCCAACGGUAUGGAACUGGAUGGGAGACGCAUCCGCGUGGACUAUUCCAUCACCAAGCGAGCGCACACCCCGACGCCUGGAAUCUACAUGGGUCGCCCGACACACAACGGUGGCGGCAGUGGAGGCAGCGGCGGUGGUGGUGGGGGUGGCGAAGGCGGCGGCGGCGGCGGCGGCGGUGGCGGCGGAGGCGGAGGCAGAAGCCAUAGCGGCGGAGGCCACAGCGGCGGAGGCCACAGCGGUGGGGGCCGCAGGGGGCGGGACUCAGACCGCGGCUACGACAGAAGCUACGACCGAGGCUGUGACCGCGGUUACGACCGAGGAAACGACAGGGGCAACGAUCGAGGAAACGACCGAGGCUACGACCGAUAUGACGAGUAUGACUCCAGGUGCAGUCGCCGGCGCUCUCCGUCUCCCUACUACAGCCGAUACAGGUCCCGCUCUCGCUCCCGCUCAUACAGCCCUCGACGAUAUUAAAUGGCCUCAUCAACAUUCAGACUCCCGUUCUUCCUGGCCGUUUUUUAAGAUUUGAUGAUUUGUUAGGUUUAAUUCUUUCGAAGCAGUUUGUUUUCUUAGAUAGUAUCAUUCUUGUUCUAUUGUGUUGGUUGGGAGAUGGUCAAUAAUAAUCAAUAUUGGAUUAAGCAUUUUGAAAAGUCAUACGAUAACUCACUUAAUGUUAGUAAAUGUCAACAUUUGUUGGUCAGCAGUUUUAAACAGUGUCUGGUGGCAGCUUUGUUACCUGUACAAUGCAAGUUGAGAAGCUGGCAAGUCAAAUUUUCCUGUGUACGCCUUGACGGGUUCUUUUUUCCCUUUUUUAUUUUAAGUCAACGUUCAAGGACCUCCCUUGUUUUUUGUAUGCAUUAUAUUUAACUGUUUAUUUGUAAGAAAAUAGAAAACUCAAAUUGAAAAA